AUGUCUUUAGAGAAAACAUUACUAACAAGUAAUUCUAAUUAACAAAUUGUUGAUGUCGAUGAUUAUGAAAAAUAAGAACGAGAUAGUGGCUAAUAAUAAAACAGUAUCUAGAGUUAUCAAAAUAUCACAAAUUAACUGAAAAUUAGUUAAGAAAGCUAAGCAAGACAGGGCAGUCUGGGAUUCAGUUAACGAUACUCUUAACAGAGCUAUUAGUAUAAAAAUAGAAAAACAAGUUUUUUGAUAUUUUUAUUCAAAUGCCUAGUUGUGUUAGUCAUUCUUGUGUCGAUAAAUAUAGCUUCUUCUAUAAAAAAUUACACUUAUAGCGAGUAUAUAGGAUUAACAGUAGCCUUUAUUGUAUCUUUUUGUUGCUUUUUGAGAUUUUAUUACUACGACGAAACAAAAACAUCCUCAAUAUUAGUGUUAUUUUUUUUCUCAUAUCUUAGCUAGGGAUAUCUGUAUAUUUAUUCUCAUUGUUUUUUUAUCGACAAUAGUUCGUUAUAAAACCUGACUCUGAUGUUUCUCUCUUAUAUAUGUGGAGAUACAUUAAUAAUUAUUUUAUAUUCAUUUUUGAAUAUUUAAAAAGAUUAUAUAGUUUAAAUUUUGAUAGCUGUAAUUCACCUGAUUUCCAUGAUCUUUUUGAUGGUGUUUUUGAGGGAUUAUGCCAGUAUAGCUAUUUCUUGUAUUUUUAGUUAUUUUUACAUUAUAAUUGCAUAUGUAGUUUCUCAGGAAUAAGCUAGUUCUGCCCUUAAUAAUCUAUAUUAAGCUACCAAAUUAUGGCUCUCUCUUAGCAUUUAUGUCAUAACCUUAAUAAUGGUCACUUUUAUUCUCUUUAUCUUCUUAUGA